AUGGCUCCACACGCAACCACACCUCCACCUGCUUCCCACGAGCAACCCGUUCAAGCUAUCACAGUUCUUGCUUCUUCGAGAGCAGUCGUUGCUGGUCGAUUGACGGAAGCUACCAUCGUUAUAUCAAACCAUACAGGGAAGAUCACUUCCAUCUUCCAUUCAGUACUCCCCCCUACAGACUUCCCCGAAGGCACAUCGUAUACCGACUACUCGCCAAAUAUCCUACUACCCGGUCUUGUUGAUGCUCAUGUUCACCUCAACGAGCCUGGCCGAACGGAGUGGGAAGGCUUCUGGACUGGUACCCGUGCUGCAGCAUUCGGUGGUGUCACAACUGUCAUUGACAUGCCUCUGAACGCUAUCCCUCCCACGACUACCGUUGAGAACCUCAAGAUCAAAUGCGAGGCAUCACAAGGAAAAUGCUGGGUCGACGUUGGCUUCUAUGGCGGUGUUAUCCCUGGUAACUCAGGUGAUCUGAGAGCUCUAGUAAAAGAAGGUGUUCGUGGCUUCAAGGGCUUCUUGUGCGACAGUGGUGUCGAAGAGUUUCCUGCCGUUUCAUCAGUAGACAUCGAGAAGGCCCUCCUCGAACUCAAAGACUCAGCAACAACACUAAUGUUCCACGCCGAAAUGAUCCCACCCAUCUCCGACUCCGUAGGCGACGACAUACAACGUUCCAACCCCCCUCUCGCCCCCAAAGGCCGUCUAACCUCAUACGACACAUUCCUCCAGUCCCGCCCCCCAUCCUUUGAGACCUGCGCCGUAGCCGAAAUUCUCUCAUUAGCGCAUCUCGCUCCUGAGCUCCAACUCCACAUCGUCCAUCUCUCCGCCAUUGAAGCCAUCCCCAUGCUACGCAAAGCACGUGCCGACGGCAUUAAAAUCACAGCAGAGACUUGUUUCCACUACCUUGCCCUCGCGGCAGAAGGUAUUCAAGAAGGCGACACAAGACAUAAGUGCUGCCCGCCCAUUCGUUCCCAAUCGAACCAAGACGGUCUAUGGGAGGAACUCCUCCAAGAUACAGCUGAUGGCGUCAUUCAAACAGUCGUCUCAGACCACUCUCCCUGUACUCCAGAGAUCAAACUCCUCCCCUCACAUCUCGCGCCAAAGAAGCCGUCUCCUCGCAAAGAGGGUCAUGCGAAAGACUGUGAUUCGUGCGAGAGCAGCGAAGGCGAGAUGGAAGGACCGGAAGAGAAGGGUGACUUCUUCGGCGCCUGGGGUGGCAUCUCGAGUGUGGGGCUCGGCCUACCCAUUCUGUGGACCGAAGGCACAAAGCGUAACCCUGACUUCAGCGUCGAGGAAAUUGUUCGCUGGUGCUGUAAAAACACGGCGAAGCAAGUUGGACUCGAGAAGAGCAAGGGUGAUAUCGGUGUGGGUUUUGAUGCUGAUAUCGUUGUUUUUGACGAUGAAGCCGAGUUCUUGGUCGAGCCAAACACCAUGCUGUUCCGUAACAAGGUCUCACCAUACGAGAACAAGACGCUUAAGGGUGUUGUAAGGGAGACCUGGCUACGUGGUCAGCGUGUCUUCACGAGGGCAGAGGGAUUCCAAGAGAAAUCUGGUCCGCAAGGCAAGCUGCUGCUUGAACCAAGGAAAACGGGCGCUUAG